UGCAUUGUGAAAACUGGAGAUUGGUCACACUAAAUAUUUCUAACGAACUCUGAAAAUAGCCAGAUCCUGCUAUAAAGUAGCUAAGUUGGCAACAGUGUGUGAUAGUGAAAUUUUUUGAUUAGAAGAAAACAAAGGCGAGUCACGUUCAAACGCAUCAAAACGGAAUAAAUGCAGCUAGAAAAGCAACGUUCAAAAUAUGAGUCGAAAGGGAACAAAAGAUCAAAAUGAUAUAUCGCUAAUCAUUGGAACUCUACCGAAACGGCUACAGAAAAAAUUCGCUGCCAGCUGUAGUCAACACAGCCACGCAGCAGAGGAUGUUGAAAACGCGGAACCAACGUCAACGUUAACGACAGCAGCGACAGCAGCAGCAGCAGCCACAACAAGGCCAGUCACGAUUUUGAGCAACCCAAAGGGAAAUGUUGGGAGUUCGGCGAAAGUAUCUGUGCCCGUUUUGGAUGCCAGCGGGUGCAGCAAUGUGGAGAACAGAUCAAAGGAUGUGGGUAUACCAGGAAUAUUGCGAGUGAAUGCGACUCCAGCAGCUAGAGAAGAAGAACGUCGCGCUGAGAAGGCAAGAUCUGUGAAUGGAACACGUAGACGAGGUCGAUCGCAUCCCAUACGGAUGCAGGAGCAGACGCCGUUGUCGCCAUUGUCACGAGUUCGUCUUACCACGGAUCAUCCAGUGUGGUUUGAGCAGCUGCUGAAUAUGCCCAAUGCCAAGAUCAUUAUACAGCUGUACGAUCAGCUGAUGGUGUUACAGCAACGUAAUCUGAUACUUAACAACUGGAAGAACUUUUGCAGCUUGCAUAGACAAUUGCAGGAGGCAUUUUGUGGUUUACUGCUGGAGCAAUUGAAGUUUGUGUGUGAGCACAAAGUGGAUGCCUUCUUCUGGAAGCUGCUCUUCUACAAUGUACGCGAUUAUUUGAAGCGACAGCACACGGAUGUUGCCCACAAUCACACGUUGCUGCUCAUCGAGCAGUCUGUGAAGUUCUAUCGCGGACUCUACGAGAAACUGAUGACCAAGUACAUCUCGUCGCGUUGUGAGAGCGCCGUCAAAGUGGUUGCUCAACGUUUGCUCAUCUGUCUGGGUGACUUGUCCCGCUAUCGUGCCAAUCAAUUGCAACUCACGGACUUUGCCGAGGCCUGCAAAUACUAUCAACGUGCACAGGAGCUUGUGCCGGGCAAUGGAGCGCCCUACAAUCAGCUGGCCAUUAUUUCCAUUUAUAAUCAUAAACGUUUCGAUGCUGUGUAUUAUUAUAUGCGCAGCUUGUUGACUUCCAAUGCUAUCCAGUCGGCCAAGGAAAGCCUUCUGGAUUUAUUCGAUGACAUACGCCGCAAGUAUGAGGAAACGGAAAUGAAGCAAUCGCCAAUGCACUGCAUCGCUGGCAAGUCGAAGAAAUCCAAGCAAAUGCGCAGGGAAGUCUGGAUUUACCCCGAUGGCAUGAGACGUUUACAUCGCACGGAUGUCAAAGGGAAGAUCAAGAACAGGGCAAACACCGCCGAGGUGAAUCGUUAUGAUGAAAUGUCACCGGAGGAUCUGCUACCACGAGUUGUGUCAUUGUAUCUGUAUCUGGUGGGAAAACUAUUUACGGCUACUGAUGUGGAGUGCAUGUAUCAGCUUCUGGGAAAGCUGCAGGUUCAACUGGGUGCGACUUUAAAGCACGACAAUCUCUUGUCCCGUACCAAAUUAAUGAAAAUAGUUGCUCUUAAUGUGUUUGUGUUGGAACAUAACAAACUAAAAGUCGAACGUCGUGAGAUGCGUUAUCAUAGCUUCAAUUUUGCCAAUUCAUUGUUUGGUCUAAUGCUGAGUAAUUCAAAUCAACUGCUAGCGAAUCUUGCGGAUGAGUCAACCGAUUUGCAGUGCUUCACCGAUAAAGAAUACUCCCGUGUCAACACGUAUCUGCAGUAUGUUAAGAUCUAUACCCAAUGGCUGACCAUCAAUGUGGAACUUUGGGAGCCAGUGCGCACAGAGGAUCACUCAACUAUCGACUGUUGGACUGAGUUGCAGACCCUUUUUGAAUAUAUUGAAGGCAUAUUCAGAAAACUCGAUAUUGAAACGGAUCGCAGGGAAACGAAUGUGAUUUUGGAUGAGGAUAUUGUGCUGAACGGCUUUGAGCCAUUGGGUCGUGAUGUGGCCAAAAAGGAGUGUGGUCAACGUGGCUCCGAGCGUGAACAGUUCAUAGAACGAAUCCAAAAAAUAUUGCAAUUUCAGGAGAUCUAUAUACAACACCAGUAUUCAUUGCAACUACCAUUGAAUGCGAGCUUCACAAUUGAGGAUUUAAAUGCAGCGAUGCAGGUGGCACUUAAUGAUUUUGAUGUGGUCAACUGUAUUACUUCCACAUCCGGGGAGAGUUGUAAUUUACAGCCCAAAGUUGAGGAAGAUGACAUGCUUGCAUCCUCUAGUGUUGGUGAUGAUGUGACGCAGCUUUGCAAGCUAAAGAAACAACUAGAGGAAAAGGCAAAGGUUAAGCAGAUUUGCAAUAGCAAACUAGAGGAAAUUCUUAAACUGGUAGACUCUAAAAUGUACAUUGAGGUGCGUCCACGAUAUCUAUUGCCAGACACCAAUUGCUUCAUCGAUUGCCUGGAGGAUAUUGAGAAAUUAUCUAUGGAGUUUAAGCGUUACACGGUUAUUAUACCACUGACGGUGGUAAAAGAACUGGACGGUUUAUCCAAAGGCGUCAAGUUGGAAUCGUAUCGCAGCUCCAAACAGAAUCAGCGCAUUCAUCACUUUGACGAAGUUUCAUCGCGUGCCAAGAAAUCACUUGAAUUUAUUAGAUCGGCCAAAAACAAUGUGAAAUGUGCAACCACAAAGGGCUCAAUUAUCAAUGCUUCAAUGUUUGGCCUUGUUGAGGAGACUUAUGCUUCCAAUGAUGAUAAAAUUCUGGCAACAGCAGUGGCCGUUUCUAAAAACGUCAGCUCUGAGCAGUGCAGAGAUGGAAAAUGCUUCAUUCAAACGGAACUUGUGCUCAUAACCACCGAUCGGAAUUUACGUGUUAAAGCCCUGGCGCGCAAUCUGGCCGUUAGCGCUUUGGAUGAGUUUUUGCAAUGGGCCAAGGACUGUCGUGAAUCAACUUGAAUCCCGAACAAUGACGGCGAAUUGCGAUGCGGACACAUUGUACCAGGUUCAUUCACCUGCCCAAACCGGCUGUGAAGAGCGGCGAAGCUUGUGCUUUCCAUAUUAACAUCAUUUGACGUAUUUGACUAUGUUUGUUGUGGUCAACAGACUCCAGCAUACGGAUAAAUAAGACGUGGCUCAGUCUUUGAAAUCGAAGCAAUGUAAGGCGCUGCUGUUGUUCGCGACUUGAGGUCGAAUCCAUAAUAAUGAUGAUCCAGAGGAAUAUUUGGCCAACAGACAUACAUAUCAACACUUGCUUCCUAAUUUCUUCUUUUAUGCAUUUUGUGAAUUACGUUAAAAAAAUGAUUGCCUAUUAAAA